GUCUGUCUGUCUGUCUGUCUGUCUAUCUGUCUGUCUGUCUGUCUGUCUGUCUGUCUAUCUGUCUGUCUGUCUGUCUGUCUGUCUGUCUGUCUGUCUGUCUAUCUGUCUGUCUAUCUGUCUGUCUGUCUGUCUGUCUGUCUGAGUGUCUAUCUCUCCUGCAGCCGGUGGAGUGAGUUCAGUCAGUGUUCCUGAUGGUGAUGCAGAUGAAGGGGCCACUCACCAGAAUGGCAUCACUGCAGCCCUGGACGAUACUCACCUGGACGGCCAAGAGGAGGACGAGGAGGUAAGAGGGUGAAGGCGGUGCCAGCAAGAGGAAGAAGAGGAACAAGAAGAAGAAGAAGGGAGGAGCAGGAGGAGGAGGAUUAGGAGGAGGAAAGGGGGAACUCAAGCAGACUGACCCCCCCACCAUCCCGAUUGUGGAUCUAUUUCCUGAUGGUGUACCACAAGAAGGAGAAAGGGUUGAGUAAAUUCCAGGAUGAGGACUUUGAGGAUCACCAGCCCUUCCCCACCCUGCAGAAGGCCCUGGAGGUGGUGCCCCAUACCUGUGGGUUCAAUGUGGAGGUGAAGUGGACAAUGCAGAUGAGAGAUGGGACGUAUGAACUUCAGCACCCGUUUGAACUUAAUCAUUUCCUCGAUUUGAUUAUUAAGAUGAUACUGGAGCACUCCGACAAGAGGAAGAUUGUGUUUUCCUGCUUCCACCCCGAUAUCUGCACGAUGCUGAGGCUGAAGCAGAACAGAUACCCAGUUAUGUUCCUUACUCAGGGCGUCUCCGAGGUCUGGCCACCCUACGAGGACCAGAGGACGAACAGUGUACAGCAAGCUAUUCUCUAUGCUGUCAAUGCUGAUAUUCUGGACAUCAACGUGCACACAGAGGACUUGAUGCGUGACCCCAGCCAGAUUACUGCGGCCAUGGAACACAACCUGAUCGUGUUUUGCUGGGGUGACCACAACAACGACCAGGAAAAUAUCAAGUUUCUCAAGAAGGUCGGACUCCACGGCAUCAUUUACGACAAAAUUGACGUCUACAACACAAAGGACAAGAAAGAAAGUAUAUUCCUGUUUGAAGAGCAAGCAGCGGCCGAUGAGUUGGUCCGCGGGGAAGAGGAGAAGAAAGAGGAGGAAGAGGAGGUGGCUGCUGCUGCUGCUGCUGCUGCUAACCUGGCCCCCUCUGCUGCCCGGGUGAUGCAAGGGGGGGGCGGGGAGAGUGCUAGACAGACAUCAGUACUAAUAUAUGAUCAUCUUUGUUUCGGCCGAGCGUCCUACAAGGGUGGCAGUCAGUCAGUCACGGAGCGGUCACUCACGGUCGCUCACAUUGUCUCCGUGGUGGUGACGUAGGUGAGUGUCUAAUGGGUUGUUUUAAGUAAUAUUUGCGUGUGUUUAGACAGUAAUGACUUGCAAGUGUGUGUGAUCUUCAGUGAUGUGUUCUAUAUACCCUGUGUUGUGGAGAGACAGUAAACAAUGUGUACACAGGCUGCAGUGACUGACACAAGGCUUGGAUAUACCCUGUGUUGUGGAGAGACAGUAAACAAUGUGUACACAGGCUGCAGUGACUGACACAAGGCUUGGAUAUACCCUGUGUUGCGGAGAGACAGUAAACAAUGUGUACACAGGCUGCAGUGACUGACACAAGGCUUGGAAGUGACUGACAGCAGCGACACAGUGAAGGCAAGAGUGUUAGUUCUGAUAUGAUAGAUUGCUCAGUACUUGACGGUCCUAACUCGUCCUAACCUACGCUAACCUAACCCCCAGGACACAAUAUCAAUGAAUUAACACCUGCAGGAGGUUCAAAACCCUUAAAAAGGCGCUAAAAUUCAAGUUUUCGAUAUGUAAACAAACGAGCCAGCUGAGGCGGUGCCCAUCUUUCGGCCAUUAUCUGCUUCAUGUGUCACUUAUUACAAGCCAGACACGUCACAAAGUGGAGCCACACGCCUAACCUUUCAUAUCCGCUACUCAGAUAUAUCCGCCAUUAUCUGGUUUGGGUGUAAUAAAGGCAGAGUGAGGUGAAGUGGCGAUUGCGUGACGUCAUCGCCGCCAUGAUGGCCUGCCUGUCCCAGCUUGUCAGGUUCCAGUAAUAUUUUAUUUUUUCUCGAUUAAUUUAUUUCGGCUUCUAAGUAAGUUUUUAUGGUUUGUAAAAAUAUUUUGUUGUAUUUGAAGUGUUUUUGACUCUUGUGUUGAGUGAAAAGCGUUGAUUUUGAGGUUGUCUGUGACGUAAAUAAGAGCCGAAUUUCCGUUAUAUUUUUGCAUCCCGGUAUCUUUGGUUUUUAAUUAGAGCUUGUAGUGAAGUGUUUAUGGUUUGUAAAAAUAGUUUAUGAUUGUUAAAGUGUUUUGUGCUCCUGAUAAGUUAAAUACGUGGCCUUUAAGAAUGAUUUAGAGCCCCGUUAAAGGUGCAAAAGUUGACAUUUUUUAAAUAUUUAUUUCUUUAUUUCAGCUUCCGACUAAGUUUUGGUUGUUUGUAAAAAUAAUUCAGAUUUUUUGAAGUGUUUUCCGUUCCUGGUGAAUCAAAUUUGUGGGCUCUAGAAUCGUGUUUAAGCAGGUCAAAGUUCCAACACUUUUUUCAGGAUGUUUGUGAAAAUAUUUUUGUUAUUACUCAGCCUGGAAAUAUUUUGAUAUUUGAUUAAUUAGUUUGAGUAUAUGGCGAGUCAGAAUAUAUACAGCAUUCGUGUCCAGCUGCCUUUUUGACAAUGGCCAUUUUCAAAAUGAAAUACGUACGUACGUACGUAAGUAAGGUGUGACGUCAUCAACCGGGCCCACCGACUCGACCCAGACACAGACCUUCCCCCCCCACCCCACCCCACCCCCUCCUGCUGGAGUGUGUGUGCGUGCGUGCGUGUGUGUGUGUGU